AUGACCCUUCUCAACUUUUCAUACACCCACCAUAAAAGCUUCGGUAACAACCUGUAUUACACAGAUUUUGAAUUGGUUAAUGAGAUCCUACAUGUUGUGUUCAUAUUCCUUCCUCUGCUCUGGACGUUUGCACUACUUCCACCGUUGGAUGCACUUUUUCUAUGGUUAAUGGAACAAUGUGUCAUUAUUCUUGGUGGGUCCCCGAUGGCUGGUGAUAUGAGGUUGAUAGUAAUGCUUCUAGCCUCUUGCAGCAGUUUUGUUGUUAUUUAUUUUUUACCAUCAUCUGAAGCCAUUACUAUUGCUAGUGCAUGUUUGGGAUACUUUCUGAGUCUAGAUCAUGCAAGUUUAAUGAACCGAAUAAUAACAAAAGUAAUGAAAAAAGAUUCAACCAAAAAAUCAUCAGCCAAUCAAGAGCCUACAAGAGUACAUAUAGGAUUUGGCUGGCAGUGGACAGUUAAGGAACUAAUUUUUCACCUUUUUAUGCUAGCUGUGAUUUUUGGAAUUGCUGUUGGAAUCAUUUUACCGGCCAAUGAUUUUAGCCCUACUGUAAGCAAGGCUGUUGGAUAUGCUGUUGUCGGAUUGGCUAUCUUUGUAGUAAUACUUGGAGAGAUGCAAGGGGUUUACAUGAUGUUUGGAAUGUGGAGGAAUUAUCUAUACCCUCACAGUAUUAUGGAAAUGGAUAAAUACUUCAAAGCUAAGUCGCUUUUGAUAAAAGUGGCAGUUUUACGCAGAAUAAUCUUAGACUUUGUUGCACCCAUCCUAAUGCUGUUAUAUCUAUGCCUGGGAUUUGCUCCAGACCCUGUCACCCUUCCUUCUUUCAUAUUUACACUUGGUGUCAUUCGAGGCUUAAGAUGGGUAUGGCAAGGUACUUUUAAUUCUAUGGUUGAGAUUUCUGUUGUACACGUUAUCAACCAAGCCUUGACCCCAUCUUCAGGGUGGUGGUACGAACUAGGCCUAAGCACACAGCUUCUGUUCAUAGGCCUCUUGUGGAAUCGUUUACAUCAAUUUAUCAACAAACUUAGCUGCUAUUUUACAAUUCUUGUAACGUCAUACACAUAUGAAAAGCAGCGACUCAAACAUUCUGCACUAAUCAUAAUUCUUUCUGCCAUAUUUUUUCCAAUAAUCCUGUUAAUGAUCAUGUUUGCGACAUUCCUUUUAACACCAUUACUGCCUGUAUUUACUCUUCCCAUCAUGCUCAUUGCAUUUCCUCGUCCAAUGAGAAGCUGGCCUGAAGAAGUUGGUGGAUCAGCUAACAUAUGUCAAGACAGCAUCUAUUAUAUGCAACUGUCACCAAAAUUGGCGUUGGCUUUGAAAAACUGUUGUACAAGUGGUUCGCUGGGCAACCUGUCUGCUGGUGCACACUUCCUGGCCAGGUUUCAGGAUCGCAUGACCUGGUUACAGGUUCUUGAAUGUGGCUAUGGAUACUGCUCUAUUAGUAUCAAAGGCAUGGAACUCCAAGAGACAUCCUGCCAUACAGAAGAAGCAGCCAAGAUUGAUGACUUGUUUGAAAGUUCUUUCAACAGGGAGGAUGGUUUUCCUUUCUUUACUUUCAACCAAGAUCCUUUUCAUGUCUUAACCCCAGUCGAUGCCAUUCCAGUUGACACAUACUCCAGUGCUAAGACAGUGUUAACUGGUAUAAUUGACUCUCCUGACACUUUGCGUAGUAUUGGCAAAAAUUUCUGGAAGAGUCUAACAUGGGUCUUACUCCAGCACAUCACACAUAGAGAGAAAAUACCAUCUUCAAAGACAACGUCACCCAGACACAUGAACCAUUUUGAAGCUAACGGAAUUGAUGGGGGAUCUGUGAAUAGUCGAGCAGCUCUUAUAGAAUUCAAAGGUAAUAAAUCCAAACUUGAUAUCAAGGGUGAGAAUGAUGAAAAGGACAGUGGACGUGCCAGCGGAGAGACCCCACGACCAGCUACCGCAACUAGUAGGAAGUCACGAAGAUCUCUGGCAUCGUCGUGGGGGAGCUUAAACAGCUGGAAUGAUGAUGAAUCCAUUGAUCAAGUUCCAUUUACCAAGUCAGGAAAUAAAAUUCCACUAUCAAAUCUGUCUAGAGAAAAGACAGACUCCAGGAAUAUUCCUGGUAUGGUUGAUAUAGAGGAGAAUGAUGAUGAUAACUUAGAAAGUAUUCUUAAAGACCUUGCUAUUGGCCUGCCGCCAGUUGACAUUGGAGAUAUCAAUGAAAGGAAGACAACAAAAAACAUGUUUGACCUGCUGACCAAGACAGGCUCUAUCAAACUUGCAGGGUCGAUACAAUUUUCAUCCUCACAUUCCUCUAAACUCAGUCUUCCUCUUAAGUGGCGUGACAUACCUUUAGAUUUGCAUCAGAUCAGCCCCUUACUGAGCGAUUUCCCUAAAGACUGGUACAGACAUGUUCUGCAACACUUAGAUCUUUCUUCUGGUGUGCCAUCAUCAGAUGUAGUUGAUGAGAUAAUGUCAGACGAGGCACUUACCUCCAUUUACACCCAACUUGUCAGUGCAAUAUUUUCUGUAGUCAACAUCCUUGGACUAUCAGGUGUAGACUUCGUCACCAGAGGUCCCAUGCACGUGUUCAAGGUGUUUAAUGGUGACAUUCCAUGGUCUAUGAGCUUGGAUUGGCUCACUCAAGAUGAUGAGCUUUUCAAUCUGGUCAUCAAGGCAUACAGAUUUGCUGUAAAGUUGUCAUUUGAUGAGAUUUUGUACGGAGAGACAAGUGGCAAUGAUGAAGUACGGGAGUACUUCGAUGAGUACCAAUCAGACUGGUACAUGGGCCUAGAGUCUGAUGCAAUGUGGACUGAGUCUGUUCUUAAAGAGAAACCUCAUCUGUUCUCAAUUGGAUGUAAUACUAGUCACCAUCCUCCCGUAUUUACAAGUCACAUAUUGAACCGGCAACCAGUGAUGGUAUCCAUCGGCCGACUGAAUGCAGAAAUCAUCCGUUCCCUUUGGGCUUCCCUCUCAAUGGAGCUCUUCUAUUUCACCAAUGACGAUGAGGAACGGUACAGCAUACAAGCACAUCCAACCAUCUUGCGUAACUUGACCGUCCAGUCAGCUGACCCACCCCUAGGCUACCCCAUCUUCUAUUCAAAACCCAUUAGUAUACCAACAUUUUGAUAAUUGACUUUAUUUAAAAUUGCUGCCUUGGUUAAUUAUACAGCUUUUUAAACUUUUGAAAUUCUAAUGCAGGUUUUGUGUGAGAAAUGUAAAUGAGACUUGUAGAUAUAUAAUUCUAUAUUUUGGGAUGUCAAUACUGAACACAUAUUUUAGAUAAUGUAAAUGUAAUGUAGUUCAAUUUAUAUAGUGCUUUAUACCAUAAUCUCAAAGCGCUCGACCUGUGGACUAGCUCGUACAUAUAUUGAAAGUAUAUAAAAAUAGAAUUUUAAGUAUUUAUUUGGGUUAUGAGAAUCAGAUUAUUGGCAUUGAUAUUCAACAAAUGACAACAGAGCAUGUUUUUAGAAAUGCAUUCAUAUAUGAAAUAUAUAUUUAAGUAAAUAUCGAUUAUAAUACAUAAGUCUAUAUCAUCCGUCCAGGGAAUAAUAAUAAAUAUAGUAUACUGUAUUUUAGUAUAUUUUUAAAUAUUUCAUUCAUUGCCAUCCAUCCAGGGAAUAAUAAUAAAUAUAUUUAAUAUUUUGUAUUGUAGUGUAUUAUAUAGUAUAUCAGUAUAUGCUAUCCGUCCAGUGAAUAAUAUAUUUAUUAUGCUGUAUUAUGGUGUAAUAAGAGUUAUUGGCUUGGAAGCCAGACUUCUAGCAAGUGACAUGGUGGAUUGAAAAGAGUGGUCUUCAGCCAUAUGUACCAGUAGACCUGAAAACGGUUGGGUAGAUGUAGCAUUUUUAUAGCAUCAGGUGGUGGGGAGAAGGGGGAGGGAGGGGUAACAUAUUCUAAGGCAAUUGUUAUACAAGCAGCUAUGGGCUAGAAAUUAAAGAUACCUAGAGACAAUGUCUUUUGGGGUUAUACAUGUCAUGUUCAUAAAUGUAAUUUUUAAUUUUUCUAUUAGGUAAAUAUAAAAUUGUGUAUAAGAACCUACAAAGGGUUUGUACUAAAUACAGAAAUAAUUUAAGAAUAUUUUAAUUUAUUUAUUUCUUCUUUAACCUGGGUAGCCUGUUCAGUGUUGAACACUGGUCUCCCACAUGGUGUUAUUUUAAUAUAAUACA